GCCACUGACUGACUGUGUGAGGAUUGCUCUCUCUCUCUCUCUCUUCCCUGAACACUUUAUCUCUCUGCCUGUUGGAUCUGUACUCACUGAAACACAACCAUGUGUAAAGGUCUCGCAGCUUUGCCAGCAACCUGCUUGAAAAGCGCCAAGGAUAUUAAACACCGCAUUGGAUUCCUGCUUCAUAAGACAGACCCUCCACCGGACCAGAAAGCAGUGAAGGAGAAGGAGAAGGAGCAGGUUGCCGUGGUGAAAAGGAUUGAUCCUGUUGAUGUGGACAAAUGGAAGUCAUCUUUCACUAAUGUGAUCAAUAACAAAGUCGGCCAAGCAACGUUUACAGCCUUCCUGAAAUCCGAAUUCAGCCAGGAAAACAUUGAGUUCUGGCUUGCCUGUGAAGAAUACAAGAAAACCUCUCCAGAGAAAAUGCCCGCAAAAGCCAAACAGAUAUUUGACCUCUUUGUGGACACGGACUCACCUUGUGAGGUCAAUUUAGACUCUGCCACUCGAGAGGAGACCAGAAAAAACUUAUCUGCACCAAAUGUCACCUGUUUCGACGAGGCACAAAGUAAGAUUGAAACCCUGAUGGAGAAAGACUCAUACAGGCGCUUCCUAAAGUCAAAACUCUUCCUGGAACUGUCAAUCAGCCCCAUUACCAGCACCUGCUCGGCUGCGGAAAAAGGUGUGAAGAGAAACCUGACAGACAGUAGUUGUCGCCUGCCCCUCUGUGCAUAAGUUAGAGGGUUAGAGAUAUAAUUUGCCUUCAAGCUAUCAAUGUCUUGUGUUAAGACAACAGUGCGCUCCUGAACAUUGACUAUUGACGUGCUAUGUGUAGUAAGUCAUUGAUUAGUGAAGGUCACAUUGCUUUCAUCUGAACAGAAGAUCGUUUUCUAUAUGCAGAGUAAAAAACAAAGAUCAGAACAGUCUGAAAGGUACAGGUAUAGAUUAAAACAUCUAUAAUCUUUAAGCUAGUGAUGCAAUCACAAGAGCACAUCCACCCUUGCUCUAAGCAGUAUGUGUUGGCUGACAUGCUGAGUAUGACUUCUCUGUGAGUAAAUGCAUUGUAGUCUAUGUCACAUAGGAUCUGAUAGCAUUGACAUGAAGGCUGUUUAAAUACAUUCCAUUUACCAAACAUUUUCAAUACUAUAGUAUCGAAGGACACAUUGUUUUGUAUGAACUGCUUCAAUUACUUCAGUUUCCUAAAACACACAUGCGUUAAGAAAAGAGUCAGUCUAAAAUCACAAUAAGUUUCCCUUGAUGUGCCAAAAAGUCAGCAACAACUACUGCUUCUCGCAGACAAUGUUGAGGACAAAAAUGGUGUUUACUGUUAUAAAAUAAUAAAGUAUUACUGUUACAUAGUGUAGUUACAUAGUUUUUGGCAGUGAAUUCCGUCAAACUAACGAUGUUAUCUUAAAACAAUGUUAUGGUGAAGUAAGCCUUCAUUAAAGCUGGAUAUUUUUACCCUUUACAAACCUUGUCACACAUGAUUUAUGAACUAAAAGAUGUGUUCAUUAUCAGAGCCUGACAAUCAUGUGCUAAUGUGUUUAAAAAAAGUGAUCUUACAGUUUGUGCAUGUUUUCAUGCCGUGCUAUUUAAUAUGUGAUGACCCUGAACUUCCGUAAUUAAGAUUGUGUCUCCUACUUGGAGUUGAUUGGUGUUACCGUGUUGAAAAUUUGUUGUCGAGAAGCUUGUAAUCUCAAUCACUUUAGACAAAUGAAUGUUAAGUACUGUCUCAUUCAUGUACUUGUGUCUGGCUUCUCCUUAAGUUAUCACGUUUACUGUGCCAUUGUAUUUAUUGUUCAAUGAUAUCCAAAAAUGUUUAUGUACUGUUUUGUUGGUGUGUUCUGCAGUAAUAAAAUUUGUACAUAC